ACAACUCGUCCUAUCUUAGCCCAAAUCUACGCAAACAACCCGAUAAUAAAAUUUAAAAGCUCUCGAAUAUUUCCAAAAGUGUUUUUCACUCGCAGCCAUGCAAGUGCUACAGCUUUUGCCAAUUUUUGUGCUUUUCGCACAAGCUUUCGCAGCGACAGACAAAGUGAUCUGUUAUUAUGCUAGUUGGGGGGCCACCAGGCCCGGAAACGGCAAAUUUGUCGCCGAAGACAUCGACCCCAACUUGUGCACGCACGUCAAUUACGCCUUCUUGGGCCUUAACCGAGACGGAAGUUUGCAAAUUUUGGACGAGGAGAACGACAUCAAUCAAGAGGGAUUGAAACGCGUAAGCGAUUUGAAAAAAAUCAACCCUGAUUUGAAGGUACUUUUGAGUAUUGGUGGGGCUGCUGCAGACACUGGCACUUUCACAGCAGUUGCAAAUAGUGCCGAUUUGAGCCAAGCAAUGGCCAAUAGUGCGAUUGAAUUUUUCGAAAAAUACAACUAUGAUGGUUUGGAUGUCGAUUGGGAGUACCCCCGAGGUGGAGACAUUGGAACCUACAUUGAUCUUUUGACAAUUCUAAAAAAAGCCUUUGAACCUAAAGGAUAUCUUCUGACUGUUGCUGUUAACUCAAUUCCGGGGGAAGUUGGCGGCUACGACAUUCCAGCAAUGUCAAACAUUUUGGACGUGAUCAACGUCAUGACCUACGAUUUCCACGCAAUGUGGGGCAACACUGCCGAAAAUUCGCCCUUGUAUGGGGGCGAUAACGAGAGUCAGUGGAACAAAGACAACCGCAAUUCAGAUGCUGCAAUACGUUACUGGUUAGACGGAGGUGCAGACCCUCAAAAAAUCGCCCUAGGGAUUGCUUUCUACGGCCACACUUACAAAAUAAAUCCGAAUGACCAUGGUCUAGACGCUCCCACUCAAGGACCUGGAGAUCCAGGUCCAUACACUAACAAUACCUUCAGUUUAGGGUACAAUGAGGUUUGUGAGUUUCAUCGAAAUGGCACUGUGGUGUUUUUGGAUGACAUGAAAGUGCCCUAUUUGUAUGAUGGCGAUUUUUGGAUCGGUUAUGAUAAUGAACAGUCGGUCACAAUUAAAACUGAAUAUGCGAAAGAAAAAAAUCUAGCUGGAGUUUUUAUUUGGUCCAUUGAAACUGACGACAUGCAUGGCUUGUGUGGCGAAAAGAACGGGCUUUUGAAAGCAAUUAAUAAAGCAAUCAAAAGUUGAUUGUAUAAAAAUUGUAAAAAAUAAACAAAUAAAUUUAUGACUCUAAUUGA